AUGGACGCUAUUACAUUCAAACGUGAACGAUACGAGAUAAAGAGCUUCACCACGAAUAACUACAAGAAAGUUCCACACGAAGAGCUGGAUUUUGGAAUAUACAAAAAACCCAAUCUUGUAGCAUUUCAAACGACUGAGUUAAGGCUUCCUCUAUGGAUUGAAGCCGUAUACCAUCGAUACUAUCGAAACGAAAUCUUCAACGACAUAAACAACGAACUUGAGACAAAAUGGACAGAGCAAAACGACGCAAGCAACACAUCAAAAUGCGAAGAAAUCUCGAUUGAAAUCCUUCACAAAAACGAAAACGUAUUAACAAUCACAAUCUUUGUAACCAAAGGAAGAAUUCAAAUACAAGGCCGGUUCACGAAAGCCUGGGGAAACGACGAAUUCGACCACGUACGUGCCAUUGUAAACAAUGAUGAGGAAGCCAACGAAAACACUAAGGUAUUCUCAAACAGAAUCUUAAAGAGAAAAGAAACCUCACAAAGCACAACUUCUACCCCGGAUAACAAUUCCACCGAUGUCAACUUUGAAACGGACAAUUUCUCAGGAGAAAAGUCAUUCUCGAUGCUGAAAAACAUUAUUGCGAAUCUAGAGUCAGAGUUUGUCACAUACAAAAUAGACGCCAAUACAAAGUUAGAAGAACUAUAUAAAACAUUAGAGAAGAAAGAUAACGAAAUAGCAAUGUUGAAGCAAGAAAUAACCAAUCUAAAAACAACAAACAACAAUCAACAACAAACACUCAGUGAUCUCAGUCUGAAACAACUAGAAAUAGAAGAAAGCAUCAAACAUUUACGAAGCGAACACAAAAAUGAAAGAGAGAAAAGCAAAAAACUCGCAGUAAAGGAAAUAGCAGCAGCUAAAAGUACCUCACCGGACAAGGAAACCCAACCACCACCUACCCACACAAUCUUAAAUUGUACCAUCCCCACAGCAAACCGCUUUGAACCCUUAUCCGAAACAAACACCCCACCUACCUCAAAUACCCCCACAAAAGAAAACACUUCCCCCAACACACCACCAACAGAAAACCCCAUCAACACCCCAUCACCAACAGAAGAGCCCACUAACACACAACCUACCAACAAGAAAUUGGUCAAUGCCGAAACUAUAAUUCUGUGUGACAGCAAUGGCAGAGAUCUAAAGCCAUCCGUCCUAUGCCCGGAUACACCAACAUAUUACAUACGAUGCCCCACUCUCACAAAUGGCAUCAACAUUAUAAACGAAAUACAAUUUCCAAAAGCCAAGACCUUCAUCAUCCACUGCGGCACAAAUGACCUUGAACAGAUAGAUGCCAGUCAAAUCCUAGUAAAGCUCAAGACCUUGGAAAACCAACUCCACAAGAAAUACCCUCAAUCCCGAGUGAUAAUAUCAUUACUCCUACCACGAGCAGAUAAACUCAACGGAGCAGUAAACUCCCUCAAUGAAACAAUUCAGAAAGAAUUUAAAGAUAUAGCACACACAGCCCUAGUAGAACACAAUAAUAUAACACCACAUGACCUAAAAGACAGAAAACACUUAACACCAAAAGGAGUAAAGUGCUUUGCAAAAAAUCUUAAAGCCACCUUCUUUAACACCACACCAAAACCAGUCAAGCCACCAAUAAAGAGAUUCCCCUUUUCUUCGAAUACUGACCUCAGAUAUUACCCUCGUCCUCAACCAUACCAAUACUUUCCCCAUCCAACCAUACAAAACUCCCAAACCCAACUACCACCAUCUACUACCCGCCAUUACCCGAACGUCCACCCUAUUCCUCAGACAACACUACAUCCACCACAACCAGAUCCAAAAAACCCUCAUCCCACCUGGACCAAUACUGAGAAGACUAUACCAAGACAGUUGAUGCAACUCAUCAAAGAACUCACCAGAUAUAUCAACUAA